CUCUCUGCAAACGUGUAACCAGCAGCAUCGUCAUUCUCUCCUGAGCCCUCGUUGCCCAGGCCGUCCAGCACCAUGUCCGCAGCUCCCGCCAGCAACAGCGUGUUCGUCGUCAUCCCACCCAGCGAUGCCAGCGGCCUCCGCCCGCCUCCAGCCAUCCUGCCCAGCCCCUUGUGCCAGCCUCCCGGGGUGAUGCAGUUUGAGGAGCCGCCGCUGGGGGCACAGACCCCAAGGGCCACCCAGCCGCCCGACGUGCGGCCCACAGAGACGGAGACGUUCCUGACGGGAGAGCCCAAAGCUUUAGGGACCGUCCAGAUCCUCAUCGGCCUCAUCCACCUGGGCUUCGGCAGCGUGCUGCUCAUGGUGCGCCGCGGCCACGUGGGGAUGCUCUUCAUUGAAGGCGGCGUCCCCUUCUGGGGAGGAGCCUGCUUCGUCAUCUCAGGGUCCCUCUCCGUGGCAGCCGAGAAGAACCACACCAGCUGCCUCGUGAGAAGCAGCCUGGGGACAAACAUUCUCAGCGCCGUGGCGGGCUUUGCGGGGACAGCCAUUCUGCUCAUGGAUUUCGGUGUCACUAACUGGGAUGUGGGCAGGGGCUAUCUGGCCGUGCUUACCAUCUUCACCAUCCUGGAGUUCUUCAUUGCGGUCAUUGCCACCCACUUCGGGUGUCAAGCCACCCGCACUCAAGCCAACACGCCUGUGAUUUUCCUGCCCAACGCCUUCAGCGCUGACUUCAACAUCCCCAGCCCCGCAGCCUCUCCGCCUCCCGCCUACGACAAUGUGGCAUAUGUGCCCAAGGAGUCAUCCGAGUAGAGGUCACUCCGCCGGUUGGAGUCCAGCCUGUCCCCCGUGGGCCCAGCCUUUCCCCCACCCGCACCGCGUUAAUCUGGGGGCAGCCCAUCCCCCCACCCCCAUCCUCACACAUCGUGGCACCCAGGUGAUGUGUUCCCCGGGGACGUCUGUCCCACACAUCUCCCUCAGUGGCUUCUUCCCUAAAAGAGCUAGUUGAUGUCAAGGGUGGGUGUCCCUCACUCAGCUCCCUGGGCCCUGUCACCCUUCUGGAACUGUCCCCAUGUGCUGCUCUGCAUUUCUCUCUGUUUCCUCGGGGGAAUCCCUGGCCUCACUGGCAGACAGGUUCAAGGCUGCCCUCGGGUCUUGGGAAGACCGUUAAGCUCAGGAGCCCAGAAUCCUCCAGAAAAGAGUCCAAGUGCUGAGGCCACACAGCUGGCCGUGGCCUGACCUCAGGGCUCCAGGCUCCAGGACCAGCUCUCUGCUUUGCAAUCAUGGCAAUGUCAUGAGCCUCAGUUUUCCCACCUGGAAACUAAAGCAUUAACUACAUGGCAUCCAAGGCCCUUCCCAGGGCUCCUCGAAGUCCUGGUCUAAGUCAGGCGAUGUCCCCCCCGGCCCCUGGAGAAGCUCAUUUUCCUUAUGUAUUAAAUGGAGUCAGGUUUGGGGAGGGUGCAGGGGAGGGCUGAGGCCAGCCCACUGCACCCCAGUCAGCAUCCACAGGUGCACAGCCAUGGCAGCCCCUCCCCGCCGGGGACCAGAGCUUCCCCUGAAGGUCACUGUGAGCUGAGCUGGGGUCUGAGGCAGAGGACACACCCCUACCAGAUGUCAGAGGUCCUGGUGGGUGGCUCGUCUCAUCCAUACCACAGAGGGAAAUAAACAGU